CUGUAUGAUCUUCAACAAAGAUAAAUACCGCUUCCACUACUAUCAGCAAUGCAAAGCAAAUUAGGCUCUAUAUGUCCAUGGCUUCUUUUAUGAGGUCACUACUAUUCUUUUUUAUCCUAAUUGCUCAAUUCUCAAACCUAAACUCUUCUUGGGAACCCAUUGAUCCCACAAAGGGGUUCCUUUCCCUUCCUCUAAAUCGAUCCAAUUUUGUCAUCCAAAGACCCUAUAAUGUGCCCCGAGAUCAAAGAUACAGCUUCAUCAAUGGAGUUCACAAGCUGUGGGUCUUAUCCACGGAUAAGCCUUACUCCCCAAAAAGCAAAACUAAUCCUCGCACUGAGAUCCACAUUGAUGGAUACGACUAUUCCUCCGGGGUCUGGCAAUUCGAAGGACACGGCUACGUCCCAUUCGGGACGUCAGGUGUCUGCAUCAUGCAGGUAUUUGGUUCAAGUCCUCCCCAAGCCACCACCCUGAUGCUCAGGGUCUACAACGGCUCGCUCACUUACUACAGGGCUCCCGUUCUGGUUCCGCACAUCUACGAUAGGUGGUUCCGGCUCAACGUGAUUUAUGACGUCGAUGCUUCCAAGGUCCAGGUGUUCAUCAACGGCAUCCUCAUCUACGAAGCUCCGGGACACGGCGGGGGUUCGCAUUAUUUCAAGUGUGGUGUUUAUGCUCAAAACGAAAAUUCCGAUCGCAUGGAGUCUCGUUGGAAGAAGAUCAAGAUCCUCAAAAAAAUAUGAAUAGGAUUCAUGUCUGAUUAUCGUCAUUGUACUGGAAUAAAGAAUCAAUAAUCAACAAUAGUGACUCGAACUCACUAUUGUGAUAGUGUUCUUAUGUUAAUAUUCCCUCUUCAUCAAACGGUUGUUAGUGCAACCCAUCCAAACCCGAUGUAAAAUAAGAAAUUCUGAAUUCGAAU